AUGGGUAGAAAAGGUAAUCCAAAGAACAAUAAAAAGGAAAAGAAGAACACUCCAGAGGUUGGCUCUGAUGAUGAGAGUGUUCAUUCUAAAUUCGAAAAGAUGAGAAUCAACUCUUUCACUGCCAUUGGUUCUUUAACAUCAAAGGAAUCUUCGAGAGAUAUUAAAAUUGAACAAGUAACAUUAACAUUCCAUGGUAGAGAAUUAUUAACUGAUACAACAGUAGAAAUCAAUUUUGGACAAAGAUAUGGUUUAAUCGGAUCAAACGGUUGUGGAAAGUCUACCUUUUUGCAAUGUUUGGCCAUUCGUGAAUUGCCAAUCCCCGAACACAUUGAUAUCUUUUACUUGUCAGAAGAGGCUCAUCCAUCGGAGCGUACUGCUUUGCAAUCGGUCAUUGAUGAUGUCGAAAAGGAAGUCAAGCGUCUCGAAGCCGAGGAAGAGCGUCUCUUGAUCGAAGAGGGUCCAGAGAGUGAAGAGUUGUUGGAUAUCUAUGACCGUCUUGAACGUCUUGACCCAGCCACUUUUAUUCCACGUGCCUCUGAAAUCUUGAUUGGUCUCGGUUUCACCUCCGAGUCGAUGCACAAAAAGACCAAGGAUCUUUCUGGUGGUUGGAGAAUGCGUGUGUCUCUUGCCAAGGCCCUCUUUAUCAAGCCAACCCUCUUGUUGCUCGACGAGCCAACCAACCAUUUGGAUCUCGGCGCCUGCGUCUGGUUGGAGCAAUACUUGGCCAAGUACGACCGUUCGAUGGUCGUCAUUUCUCACAGCCAAGAUUUCCUCAAUACCGUGUGCACCAAUAUCAUUCAUAUGCGUCAAUCCAAGCUCCAAUACUAUGGUGGUAACUAUGACACCUUUGUCAAGACCAAGGCUGAGCUCGAGGUCAACCAAAUGAAGGCCUACAACAAACAACAAGAAGAUAUUGCACACAUUAAAUCAUUCAUUGCCUCUUGCGGUACCUACUCGAAUUUGGUGCGUCAAGGUAAGAGUAAGCAAAAGAUUAUCGACAAGAUGGAGGAAGCCGGUCUCGUCGAAAAGGUCGUCGAAGAGAAAAGAUUCAACUUUACCUUCCCACCAUGCAAUCCACUCGCACCACCCAUUCUCCAGUUUAGUGGUGUCACAUUCUCAUACUCGGGCAAGGAAGCCGAUGUCCUCUACCGUAACCUCGAUCUCUCCAUCGAUCUCGACUCUCGUGUUGCUCUCGUCGGACCCAAUGGUGCCGGAAAGUCUACCCUCCUCAAAUUGAUGGUUCAACAACUCACCCCAACCGUUGGUGAAGUCAAAAAGCACGGCCAUCUCAAGAUUGCCCGUUACCAUCAACAUUCCCACGAAAUCCUCGAUCUUACCGCCACUCCACUCGACUUUAUGCGUUCCAUGUUCUCUCACCUCAACAAGGAAACUGAAGAUUGGAGACGUGAAAUUGGUCGUUUCGGUAUCACCGGCAAGUCCCAAACUGAAGCUAUCGGUUGUAUGAGUGAUGGUCUCAAGUCUCGUCUUAUUUUCGCUAUUAUGGCUUUAGAGAACCCACACCUUUUAUUAUUAGAUGAAAGAUGCCACCAGCAAACUUAA